GGCAAUAUAAGAAAGUGUACCGGAGUCAGUUUUGCGAGACGGACACUUAAAUAGUUGUGUCGAUUAUUUCUUCAGCAGAGCAAAUGAAUCAGUUGUUUAGUUUUCUUUGAGAGAAGAUCGAUUCGCAAGAUGGAUCUUCUUCGGAUUUUAGUCGCAACUUUGUGUCUCACGAUAUGUUUGGCAUUUGAAGAUGAUAGCCUGAUACCGUCUGAUGGAUUUCACGACAUGCUGGGCCUAACACCAUUCUGGCUCUUGGAACCUAACGCCAAUGGCAUGCGCCGGGGCUUGGAAGGGGCGAGCAAAAGAAACGCUUUACCCGACAGUUGGUCAAAAGUAACAUCAGAAUCGACUGGAAAGAAAGUCUAUACCAUUGCAGGGUUUUGCAAUGUUGAAGUGAAUGUGGAUAGUGAAGGGGCUAAACUGACAGUCAAGGAAGCUGGUGGAUGUACUGUGCCAUCUUUGAAUAUCGUUUUUCCUAAGUUAUUUCCUUCGGUCAAUAUUCACACAUCAACUGAAAAAUUUAUUUUGCCGGAAAGUUUUAACGUUGAAGAAAUUUUCAUAAACAAACAGAAGUUUGCCAAGAUCAAGGCAAAAGCAAAAGACACAUGGUCAAUUACCGAGAGGGAAAUUCUCAUCAGCAACGGAGAGUUGGAGCUCGGCUUUCAUGCCGACAAGCCAGUUGCAGCCUUUAAGGACUGGAGUCUGCAUGCUAAAGGAGUAAUCGGUAUCUCUUCCCACUCAAUGAACGUGCGUAUUGAUAAAGAUCUAAAAAAAUCGACGAUGAAGAUGAAAUGGAGCAUCGCUAGUGUCGCAAUGGCUGACCUGAUGGGUUUGUUUGGUAUCACGAUGGAUUUCUUCAAAUUCAACGACAUUGCCUUUGAUAGCACAAAACUUGAAGGAAUAACUUUUGCUGGGGCAUCCAUUGAUGGUAUUUUGAAACCUGAUGAAACAUACCAAAUGGUUGCAAAAGCUAGCGUUUCCCAUUCCAGAGCUUUUAAAUCCGGAGACGUCUAUUUGGUUUUAACACGAAACGCUGGCGAGGUUACCAAGGCUGCUCUUGCUAUCGAUAUACGGGAUGUGCACAACAUCGGAGAAGCUUUAGAAAACCUCAUCGAUCAACAUGACUUCAUUAGUGAUUUUGGACUACUGGGAAGGAUUGAAAGAGACUGUAUUAUCAUGCUGUCGAAGGAGGAUAUAGCGACGGCUGGUGAGAGCAUCGAUAAUUUGCUCUCAGCCUUCAUAACACCCACUGCUACUAAAAUGAUACCGAAAGGAGUCAACGUUAGAGUCAAAAUACCUGUGAAAGACAAUAUGAAGGAUAAUUGCGACGCGGCUGUUAAGAUUGAAGGCGAUAUCCCAGACAUUCUUCCUCUUACUAUUUCAAUAACAGCAGGUGGGCUAGGCUUCGAUUUUCCAGAACAAUUUAAGUCUGAUCUACAGUCAAUGCUGAAGUGCUUAGACCCACAAAUCACUGCAGAAUUACCGGUUCAAAUUUUCAAAAGACCAGAUGGACCUAUCAACAUCAAAGAAAUCACCUUUGGUGGCAAGAACUACGCCAAAAUAACCGUUACUGUCCAUGGCCCGCAUGAGUUCUUAGGUGGCAAAAUUUCGAUAGCAGAUUUGGACUUGAGUGUUGAAUGGAAAAAAGGCGAACCAAUUACGUUGAACGCCGCAACGACUAUAACUGUUGGAACAAUUGCAGUUGCGCUAACCAUUGAAAAGCAAGGGAGUGAUUACAUGCUUGCUGCAUAUAUUGCAAGCUUAAAAGCGAACGAAAUUGAAGCUCUUGUCGGUGAAACUGGAUUUCUGAGAUUUCUGAAGCUUCUUGGCUCAUUAGAAAACUUUGGUAUUUCUGAUUUCAAACUUGUCAAAACAUUUGGAGAUGAUGCAAGACUUAGAAUAUCAGGCAAACCGAUUCUUUGGGGCUGGGACGGAGCUUCAAUCGAAGGGGUCAUCUGGAAACGAAGCAGGGGGGAACCGCAGAUUGGAAUGGCACUUGGUCUUGUUAUUGAGGGAAUACGGCUCGAUAAAUUGAUAGAGAGAGUUGUCGGUAAAGGCUUCUUCAAGGCAGCUUGGUUUUCAGAGAUGGUAGCAAUUUUGAUAUGUAGCAACGCAGAUGCUACAGUGGAACCAGAAGAUAAGCCCGCGGAAGGGAAGAAAGCAAGCAACGACAUUGGCAAUGCUGACAAAGAAAUUGGAUCUACAAGUUCAGGCUCUUCAAAGAAACACAAGGCAGCUGCAAAGGCCAAAGGAAAGGCCGUGAAACAUCGUGAGCGUAGACAUGUUGACACAGGCAUGCCUCUUAAGCCUAUAAGGCGCUUCAACUACUACUCCCAGACACUCCUGAAACGCUCUAGAAGAGCGGCGAAACAGCAAAAUCGUGAGGGCAAUCGCAGAACUCGAACCAGAGGAGGAUCAGAUACAGGACGAACUGGAAGCACCGGAAGCACUGGAAGCACCGGAAGCACCGGAAGCACCGGAACCACCGGAAGCACCGGAACCACCGGAAGCACCGGAAGCACCGGAACUACCGGAAGCACAGGCCAAGGGGAUCAAGAGGAAGAUGAAGAGGGUGGCGGUGACGAUGACGAUGAAGAGAAAACAGAGGAGGGUUUCAGAUUACCUUUCCUAAGCUCUCAAGAAAUUAACCAAGGUGUAACAUUUGUUGGUAUUUUCAACAUACCACAAGACACAGGCUGCAAAGGCGACGCUUUAUGUAUGUGGCUUGGAGAGAAAGUCGGACGUGAUGCAACCAUUGAAAUAGCUGGUAGAAUCCACGACGGUGGUUUUGACUUUAAGGCUAGUUUUGCAGGAACUAUACCGCUCAUUGAAGGAAAACUGAAUAUGCAAUCAAUUUCGUUGGAAAUCUCCUUCAGUGGUUUAGAUUCCUCUGUCAAGUUAGAAUGUGGAAUGUACUGGGCCGAUCCAGAUAUCUUAGGAACAAGUCAGCUCCAGUUUACAGGAGCAAUUGAAGUAAGUCUUACAGGAAAACUGAACCUCGAGUUUAACAUGAUUGACAUAUGGAGAAAGCCUUUCGACUUUCAGUAUCUUGCGUUUGGAAAUCUUCAUCUUGCGAUUGGAAUUUCAGUUGGUGUUCCAUUACCAUCCUUUGAAUUUGGAGGAGAAGUUUGGAUCGGAAACAUAAGGGAUGGGACGAAUGACCAUGCUAUCAAAGUUUCUGCAUAUUUCGGUAUCGAUCCAAACAGACCAACUGAUAACUACAUCUAUGCAUCUCUUAGUUCCUUUACAUUGGAAAGCUUUUUGAAAGCUUUUGAGCUUGGGUCACCAACAAUGCCAAAAUUCGUCGCUGAGAGCGGAUUUCCAGAUGGGUUGACUGUCGCCUACAGUUCGAGAGGGAAAGAAAUUGAAGCCUUGGAUAUCGUUAUUCAGCCUGGACUAUACCUGAAAGGUACUAUAAAUUUCCUUGGACUCAAACUUUCUGCGGAGAUAGCUGUCAACCCCCCAGAAAGACUAUUUGUUGACAUAGAAAUGUCACCAAUCGAUUGGGCUGGAGGACUUAUUGUUUUACGAAGAAGCAGAGACGACACCAAGAAUGGUCCGAAGGCGCUCAUCAACAUAACACCUUCCUCACUGACUGUUCUGAUCAGAGGAUAUAUAUCUUUAUUUGGAAUACAAAGCAUGGCCGAUAUUGAUAUAUCAGACACGGCCUUCAAGGUCCAGUUGGAAGGAAAUUUCUGGGGUGUGCUUCAAGGAAAACUACUUUUGGAAGCUGCCUGGGGCAAUUUAGCGGCUUUGAACUUCAAAUUCGAGCUACAGGUGAAGAUCGAUCUUCAUUUAAAAGAGUUUGCUCAAACAUGCAAGGCAUAUAUAAAAAAAGCUGCGGAUUAUGCUGAUCAAAAACUGAGGUACGCCCAAGAAAGGGUCCAACAAGCCCAAGACUCUUUGUCUCACGCUCAAAGUAAAAUGGAUGGUUGGAGGAGGUCAAUUGACGAUUAUAAAGCAAGACUUAAAAGGAGGUCUGACGAAAUCGAGGAAGAAAAGAAGAAGUUUGCAACGGAUUGUAAAGCUGAAUGUGGCGAAGUCUGUGUUCCAUUCUUGGACUGGGAACCUGAAUGUUUCAAAAUAUUUCAUUGGUGGGUUGGUUGUCCGAAGUGGAAUCCCUGUAAAUGGAAGGUGGCUAAUGUCAUCUGCAUUGCUGGCUGUGAAAUCAGGAAAUUUGGAAACAAAUUUGUUGCUUGGGCUGAACAGACUGGUAUCAAGAUAAUGAUGGGACUCAGUGAAAUUGGAAAAGGACUUAUCAAAGUUGGCCAAGGAUUUGUUUCAUUGGCAGAAGGUCUUGUCGCAUUUGCCCAAAAAUUUUUGGAAAAUAUUCGACAAAUUGUUGCAGUAGGUGCUCAGAUACUUAAUGCAGGUAUCAAUUGGAUGGGGGAAAAUCUUUUCAAGUUAGAUGAACUGAAGAUUUCGGCCAGUCUUGAUAACGAUUUUAAUGCAUGUGCUGGUAUAACGCUCAAAUGCAUGAUUCUUGGCUUCGAAAUUGACUAUGAAGGGGAGGCUUGUAUCAAUUUGGCUUUCUGGGACCGUGUUGCUGAGGACACUGCAGAGAAAAAGUAUCCAGGUUUGAAAAAGAUGAACCAAGAAAUACCAAAAAUCGAGGCUCAAGAAGAAGAGUUGAAAAAAGACGAGAAUGAACUGAAAAAAGAGGAGACCAAGAUCGAAGAAGAUGUUAAAAAAGAGACAGCUGACAGUCGAAGACGCCGCAAGAGAGACUACAUCCCAAAUGCAGACGAGGCCUAUUACUGGAAACUAGCCACAGAGAGGCUGCCACCCGUUGUCACCAGAGGCGCAGCGACAGUAGAGGCAUUCAAAAGUUCUGCACCAUGGGUUUUGAUACAAGAUUUUGAUGCAAAGAAUUUCGACCAUGCUCCCCAUCAGGAUGAAGGCGUACCAGCAGAGAAAAGGACAUUGGACGAAGAUUGGGAAAAGCAUGCAUCGUCACCUUGCAUUCAGUUGAAGAAGGUCAUGAAUAAAUAUUCAGACAUCGCUGAAGGCCUCGCAGCAACAGCCAGCUCUUUGAAACAAGCAGGAGGCGGCUAUCGAGCAACAAAGAGAUCUUUGCAACUCCAAGUGCAAAACCUUGGAAACAAGGUUCGCGAAACUGAGAUGGCUCAUAAUAUGACACACGAAGAGCGUGAAGAUCUUUACCACUGGUACAAUGAAGCACAGGAAGGUUUGGAUAAAUGGGAAGCCAAGGCCGAGAGGAUAAUGUCUGACCAGCAAAACAUUGCCUUGCCAGUAUAUAGAAGCCAGAUUAAUCAUAUCUUGCAAAAAGAGAAGAACACUGACUUCAACGGUUAUGUGAACGAGCUCCAUGCCAUUGGUGAAGCAGCUUACAAGAGAUCUAACAUCCCCAAGCAGUACCUCAAUGAAGCCGUAAAUGAGCUGAAAGGAAUCAAGAGGGAUCUUAUCUCUUUGGUGAACAGCAACGAAAGUGACCCUGUCAUUUUCCAUGACAACGUGAGACAGCUUAAGGCGAAUGUAAUGGGUGUCAAGCGCUCCCUUGGAAAUUGCCAGUAGGAAAACCAACAGUAGCAAGUGGAGGAACAUGGGAAAAACUAUUUUCAAAAGAAUUUAAACCCAAAGUGGGUGAAAAAUAUGUUAAUUGCGUUAUAAGCAACAAUUACAAAUUCUGUCAUUUAUUGACUAGUUUUUGAAUUCAAGAACAAGAAAAUAUUGGAAGUGA